AGGUACCGCUAGGCCCCGGGCGCUGCUGCGGCAAUGGCGGCGGGAGUGUGAAGGAGAAAGAGGCGGGAAGAUCGAGGAGAUCCCGGUCCGGCCCCGGGCAGCGACUGCCACCGACACCCGCCCUCGCACUCACACACACAGGGAGAGAGAGGCAGGUGAAUAUUCUUUUCUCUAAGGAACCCAGGCCCGGGGGAUAUAACAGCAUCCGAGGGUUCUGCCCCUGUAAAUGGCUGGUGGCAACUGAUCAUUCGACUGUCGUUCCUUGCUCUCUAUGCACUUGCCUUGUCCCUUGAAGAAGACAAGGGCUCCUUGGACUGGUUCUCCUCCGUCUCAGCGCCCUGAUCGUGCUUUGCACCCGGGGGUCAAACGUCAGUCCAGUGCCGCCACGGUUGAGCCGCCGCUGUCCGUGGUGAUGAAUACGGUGCCCCGGCACAAGGCCUCCACCGUCUACCAGCACACGGCCUCCAGAAAGCGAUCCAAAAACUUUAAAAAGCGCUACCCUUGUCGCACCAAGGCCGUGUGACCGAGGCGGCAACCAUGGCGACGGCCGCCGCCGCCGCUGGGCCCGACCCCAGUGAUGAACCGGCACCGCGGCGGCCGGCCGAGGCCGAGCCCCCGGCGAAGGCCGCCAGACUGGCGAGGGGCAGCUGCCCCCCGGCACCGACCGGCAGCGAAGACCCCGGCGCCACCGCGCGGGGAACGGACCCCGAGGGCCCGCCGGGCUCGGAGCCCACGGGUAUCGCGGUGACGGGGGGAGGCGGGGCCGGGGACCACGGUCCCAGCGAUGUCCCACACUACCCCGAGCCCCUGUGGCUGGACGGAGGCAACCUCUACGAAGCGGGCGUGGACCCCGGGAGCGAUGUGGAGCCGUACACGCAGGGCGGCAGCCAUUACUGCCAGGUGGAGUACAACUUCAGCCAAGAGCCGCAGUUCCUGGUGGGGGCCUGGGAGGAGUACGCCAGCACGACGGAGAACUUCCUGAAAGGGUGCAAGUGGGCCCCUGACGGUUCCUGUAUCCUGACCAACAGCGCUGACAACACCCUGAGAAUCUUCAACCUCCCCUCCGAGCUGUACGAGAUGAGGUGCAGCGUUCUGCCUGAAAUGAGGCCGGUGCUACGGAUGACCGAGGGCGAUACCAUCUAUGAUUAUUGCUGGUUCCCCGUGAUGUCCUCCAUGGCUCCUGAAACCUGCUUCCUGGCCAGCAGCAGCCGCGACAAUCCGAUUCAUGUCUGGGACGCCUUCUACGGUGACCUGCGAGCCACCUUCCGGCCCUACAACCACCUGGACGAGCUGACGUCCGCUCACUCCCUGUGCUUCACGCCCGACGGCGCUCAGCUCUACUGCGGCUUCGACAAGAUGGUGAGGGUGUUCGAGACGUCUCGGCCCGGCCGGGAAUGCGAGAAGAGGCCGACGAUGGGUAGGUCUCUGGGCUCGCCACAGCGAACGCAAACUCACCCCCCCUUUAAUGAUGGUUCAUCCCAGCACCUUCCUCAACCCCGUCACCGGUGAGGAGCUGCCA